AGAGAGAGAGAGAGAGAGAGAGAGAGAGAGAGUUUCAAAUAGUCGUUUGCAUGACCCUCGGUUGGUUCUCGCGCUCAGUAUCGGACCCAGUGGAGCUGUUCAGCGUUUAUCGGUAGUGUCACCGAACAGUCCCCACACUCACGGAACCGCUGACCCAUGUGAUACUGCAGCGUUGCAAACGCGGAAGGGAGGGGGGGAAAGAGACCCAUUUCCCCCUGCAUCUCCACUCGGUAGACUGGAGAAGCAGGUGCACACUUUGGAGUGAGAGACAGAGAGAGAGCGAGAGAGAGCGCUGGAGGGGGGGGGGGGGGGUACAGUCGCGCGCGUGGAUCUCUCUCCGUCGCAGUCGUCCGCGAGGAUGUAUCCAACAGCUAGGCUCCUGCCGCGCGCGCGCUGCCGUCAAUGUAACGGAAUCACAUGUGCCCCUUUGAUCUAACGGCGGUACUGUUCUGUUUCUCUGGGCUCGGAUGGUCCGCGCGCUCCAUACACAAUUCAGCCGGGAAAUCAACGCACACCAGCCAUGGCGCUGGUCAUGGAACCCAUCAGCAAAUGGUCCCCAAAGCAGGUGCUGGACUGGAUGAAAGGGUUGGAUGACUGUUUGCUGCAGUAUAUGAGGACAUUUGAGAGAGAGCAGAUAACGGGAGAGCAGCUGCUUCACAUCACCCAUCAGGAGCUGGAAGAGCUUGGCGUGACCCGCAUCGGACACCAGGAGCUCAUUCUAGAGGCUGUGGACUUACUCUGCGCACUGAACUAUGGUCUAGAGACAGAGAAUUUGCGGACUUUGUCGCACAAACUCAAUGCAUCUGCUAAGAAUCUGCAGAACUUCAUUACAGGCCGUCGCCGCGGGGGGCAUUAUGAUGGACGGGUGUCACGCCGCCUCCCGAACGACUUCCUGACUUCAGUCGUUGACCUCAUCGGAGCAGCAAAAAAUCUACUAGCCUGGCUGGACAGGUCUCCAUUUGUCAGUGUUUCUGAGUACUCAGUGCUGAAGAACAAUAUUGUUCAGCUCUGUCUAGAGCUUACCACCAUAGUACAGCAGGACUGCACAGUGUAUGAAACUGAGAAUAAGAUUCUACAUGUGUGUAAGACUCUAUCAGGUAUCUGCGAGCACAUUAUUUCAUUGUCGUCGGAUUCGUUGGUGUCGCAGUCUGCCCACCUAGAGGUUGUCCAUCUGACGAAUGUUAUGCCUAGCGAGGGCCUGGGCAUGUACAUCAAGUCCACAUAUGAUGGUCUUCAUGUGAUCACUGGAACCACAGAGAAUUCUCCUGCAGAUCAGUGUAAGAAGAUCCACGCUGGAGAUGAGGUCAUUCAGGUCAAUCACCAAACAGUGGUGGGCUGGCAGUUGAAGAAUUUGGUUAACUGUCUCCGUGAGGAUCCAAGUGGAGUCAUCCUCACGCUGAAGAAGAGGCCACAGAACACUCUGGGCUCCACCCCUGCACUGCUGAAGAACGCCCGCUGGAAACCACUUGCCCUGCAGCCGCUGUCCACCAGUCCAUGCAGUGGUUCUCCCACCCCACCCAGCACGCUCGGGUCAGUGGGCCUCUCACCUGGAGUGGACACACCGGGGGGACAUGAUGUUUUUAUUCUUUCCCCUGUCUACGGACACAGAGAGGAAGAUCUGGAUCGGGGUGGAUUUGGUGUGUUUGGCUCGGAUUCUCCGGGGUAUUAUGUAGAACAGGAGAUAAUGGGGGGCCAGUACUUCCCCCUCCUUGAAGAGGAUUCUGGGAGAAAUACCGGACUGCGACGCAGAGACCGGACCCCAACUCACAGUGACAUCCGACAGGUUUCCAUGGGAACUGAAUGGCUGGCAGAGCCUCAAGAAUCUGGAGUUUACAAAAGAGGUAGCAGAGAUUCUGAUUCCUCCCUCUUGCGGUUCCUCAGUGAUGACAGGAUUUUGUUGAUCCAGGAAGAGACAGAGUUCUCCCAGCGUGACACGAGCAGGCGAUCCAGGAAGAAGAGCCGAAAUCCCAGCAGUCCCAGUUUUCCCAUUAGUCCCUCUAUGCUUGCCCCGCCUGUGCGUCUGGACACAGGUCCCCCCGAGGGGCUGCCCUUCCCCGUGCCCGACUCUAACACAAUGCCACACUACCAUAGAGCUACAGACACACUUCGAGCAGAUGCUGAUAGGUAUGCCAGUUCAGGACUUGACCGACAACCAGGGGCAUCAAUGAGGAAGUCUGUACAUUAUGCCUCUCUGAGGACCAAGCCCAAGAAAAAGAGCAAAGGGUCCCUCAGUAGUGCCAGCAGGAGGCGUAUUGCCUGCAAAGAUCUGGGUCAUGGCGACUGUGAAGGCUGGCUAUGGAAAAAGAAAGACGCCACUGGCUACUUCACACAGAAAUGGAAAAAGUACUGGUUCGUUCUCAAAGACUCCAACCUGUACUGGUACACCAAUCAGAACGAUGAGAAAGCAGAGGGCUUCAUCAGUUUGCCAGAGUUUCGGAUAGACAGAGCGAUUGAGUGCAGGAGGAAACAUGCCUUCAAAGCAUGUCAUCCAAAAAUUAAGAGUUUCUUUUUUGCUACAGAUCAUUUAGAGGAGAUGAACAGGUGGAUGAAUCGUUUAGGCUUGGCUGCAAUUGGCUACACGCCUGAUGAUCCGGUACCGCGUCCUGAUGAAGAUUACUGGAGUGAGAGUGACCAGGAUGAAGUUGAUGGGUCUAUGACACUCAAGCAGGAAGCCACAUACCACCACAACCCCCCUGGAAAUUCGCCCAGUCCAUUUCCUGAGCGCCAUUUUUCCAGUGGCUCCACAUUCUCGCAUUCCUCUGCUGAGGAGUCCCAUUCUUCCUGCAGAUCCUCCCAUCGAGAACGCCGCUCAUGGCAGGACCUGAUUGAAACCCCCUUGACCAGCACAGGUCUACACUACCUGCAGACCGCAGAAGAGGAAGAGUUACCCCUGCUGCCCUCUGAUCAGCACCGACAGGCCACGCUCCCUGCCCAGCACCGGCAUCCGCUGGAACGUGACGGGCCAUUUCCAUUGACGGACAGCGAAGAGUCCCGGCCUCGUCAUCACAUUCACAAGCAGCGUAGUCAGAGCCUCCCUCGCCACCGCGACACACAUGGACACUCGCACCGCAGCACUCGUACGCACACUCACACACAUGGCACUCUGAGGCCAAGAACUCAUCUCCAUGAGGAAGAGGAGGAGGAAGAAGAGGAGGAAAAGCAGGUUCGGAAAUCUAGCAGCGGGAAACCUGAGAGUGAAGAGAAAGUGCAUGACGGCACGGAUGGUCUGCAGGAGCUGUACCGAUCGCUGGAGCAGGCCAGUCUCUCUGCUUUUGGCCAACAAAGGCCUUCCACCAAACAAGAGUUCAGACGCUCUUUCAACAAACGCUGCAAUGACCCUGCCACAAAUGAACGACUGCACCGCAUACGGGUUCUACGCUCCACGCUAAAGGCAAAGGAGGGCGACUUGACGAUAAUCAGUCAGUUGCUGGACGACCCUUGCUUGACCUCAAGGAAGUUUCGUGAAUGGAAGCAACGUAACCACGAGCUCUUCCUGGAUAUCUGUGAGUUCAGCUCUGCUCCAUUGGAACCGCCCAGCGAGUCCAACGACCUUUCACCUCUCUCGCCAUCGCUGAUGAUGCACACUCACUCUUUCAUAGAAACGCACGUGUGAAACAGUCACGCACCCACAUGACUAACAAACAGUCACAUGCUAAAAUACAGACAUAGAAGUAUAUGAAUAACGUGAGUUGUGCAUUUCAAACCCACAUAUACACACAAACACACACACACAAACACUUUAAAAAACACUGUGGAUUCAGACUGUCUUCACUUUUUCCUUGACGGAUGACCUGAUACUGCCCUUCUUCCGACCGUGAGUGACACCAGAUUGAACCAAUACACUGUAAGAUCAAUGUCAAAGAACUGACCCAGCCUCCAGAACUACUGCAGACAGACACCCAGGCACUGAAACUGCAAACUGCUCGUCAUGGAAGCAAGAGUGUUACCUACACAUUUACAGCUCACUGCAAACUCUGUACAAUAUAUUUCAUCACAGCCACAUUUUGAGACAGAUGGAAGAAAGGCUCCGUGAGGUGCCCACUGCAUGCUUGAAGAAUCAUCUUUUCAGAUUGACUACCUGUUGAACAAAACAGGACCAUAUAUAAAAACAAAAUCUUUGAUUGGAGUAAAAAAAAACAUUUUUUUUAAUAUCUUUAGAUUUUUUUUUUUGAUCUCCUUCCCUCAGAAUGCUGCAGGAAGAGCACUCAUGUAGCCAUGGGCAACAGGCUUCACUCUGUUACCAAGCAACACCGCCCUACUGUGUUACUCUAUACAACUCUCAAAGCAAGCAAGAGUGUGUGUGUGUGUGUGUGUGUGUGUGUGUGUGUGUGUGUGUGUGUGUGUGUGUGUGUGUGUGUGUGUGUGUGUGUGUGUGUGUGUGUGUGUGUGUGUGUGUGCGUAUGUGUAUUAAAGAAAUGAGAGAAAGACAGAAAACAAGUCAGAUGGAUGCCGAGGAGUCUCUUUUUGACACUUUAAUGGCAUUUGCAUUCGCAUAUGGGAAGAGAUGAACUUCUGGCAGGUAGUAAUAUGUUAAAUUUGGCUUCUUUAGAAUAUUUAUAUUAUAGCUAAACUCAUGCAUGGUUUAAUAAAAAGUAUUACUAUAUGCUAUCAGGCCAGAGAACAGUCUGUAUAUAAGAACCUAUUAUUUGCAUAGCUGCAUCCUCUGUUUAAAACUGUGAAUUGUACUCGUGAAUGCAAUCUUUUGACUCUGCGAACGCAGAACCUUUCUACUCUAUAUUUUUUUCUACACAAAAAGAUGACAAAAGAUGAAAAGCUUUGCUUCUCUGAUGUUAUGACUGUUUUUGCUUGUUUCCGGGUCUUUGCUGGUCAUUACCUCUGAGCUAUGGGCUACAUUCAGGUUGUUCGUUUCUGUUUGCUAAUGUACGUGUCCCUUAGACAGACUCCACAAGCCUAAAGCGAACGUUUCAUUCCCUUUCGCAAUUCUAGACGUCAGUGGCUCAGGAUUCUAGAAUUGGUCAAAGUCACAUGGGAGAGAAUUUGAGGUUAAAAUACAAAAAUCUAUUGGUUCAUUCCCGGCGGUGGAGUGCAAAACAUCCCCUUUCUAAAUGUUGUGUGUGUGUUUGUGUGUUCUCAUUUGUCCACAUUAAGAAGUCAUUGAGACACACUGGUUUAAACACAGCCCUGCAUAUGUGCUCAGUGUAACAGUUAUGUUUGUCACUUUCUAGAAUCUUGUGGGAUGUAUUUUAAUUGAAUAGAAUGUACUCAUUCAAUGGUUUUGUUAAUUGUAAAUUUCAUUGUAACAAACACACACACUACCCACACACAGACAAUACUUUGUCCAUUGUUGAUGAUUUCUUACCAAAGCGACUCUCAAAAUCACAUCUGCUCAUUGCAGUUACCUUUUUAAUGAUUAUUUUUAUGUAGAAUGUUACACUUCACUGUGUUUCAUCCCAUGAGUGUGUGUGUGUGUGUUAGAGUGAGUGAGUGAAUGUGAGUGUGUGUUAUCCAGGCCAUCGGGGUUUCACUGUGGUUUUAAGGGCAUGUCCCCCCCUCUCUCCCCCACACGGCUAUGCUGUAUAAGGUGUAAGUUGCACUGCAACAUUGAGACGGAACAUAUUGCUCUUUUUUCAAGGUUUUCUUUUAAAAAUUCCCUUUCUGUAUAUUAAAACACCAGGAAAGAGCCUGAUAUUUAUUCACAGUAUUAUUCAAAGCUAACCUUCUUUGCUCUCAGAAAUAUAAAUACAUAUAUAAAUAUAUAUAAUACAGAUUGUAAAAUGUUAAACUAAUAAACUGAGUUCUCUGCA